AUGAACCAAGCCUUCAAAAAACCAUGGAGAUCUGCGUCAUCUAUUAUAUUGCGUUAGUUUUGAGAAAAAAAAGAAGAAGCUUUUGAUUUUUUGACAGUUUCAAAGAAGACUAACCGAAUAUUGAUGAUGAAACGAGGUUCGACGGCAAAAUUCAUGCCAAACGCUCUCGUUUUUCCUGGGGGUGUCGUAGACAAAAGCGACCAACUUUCUGGUACUCCCGAGCGGACUUGCGCCUUGCGGGUUCGUUGAGCAGACCCCUGCCAACACCUGCAUCUCUGCUUUCAGGAACUCUUCGAGGAGACGGGCAUUCUGUUCAAAGCCUCCGGAAAGUUUGAGAGCGCCGAAAAGAAUGAAGAGCUUUCGAAUUUACAGGACAAGACUUGUUCAGCUCCACAUUUUUUUGAAAAAGUUAAGUGAUUGGGUCAAAACUAGUCUAAGAAGAUAAUUUAGGCUGGCGCCAACGGCCAAGAAGAUAUGAUUCACUGGAACACCUGGCUCACACCUACACAUCAUUCUCAGCGCUUCUUGACCUCAUUUUUUCUCGCUCUCGUUGACGGUACUUUAUCGGAAAUUAUCGAAAAUCUGGUUCAGAUGAACCGAAGGUGCGAAUGUGCACUGCUGAGAUGUCAGAAUAUCGUUGGGUGGCUCCUGAGGAACCUCUUCGGCUAGCUGCCAGUUCUAAAAUAUCUUUACCUCCUCCUCAAGUCUACGAAUUGACCAGAAUCGCACAGGUUUAUUAUUAUUUUUUGACACGAAUAAUACGAUUUUUUUUUUCGAUAUCGCCGUUAGAUGCAGCGAAAUAUGCAAAUGACAAACAUGUAAUUUGUCCUCAGGAUAUAAAAUGGAAAGGAGAGGAGAAAAUUUCGAACGUACUGCCUGGUGACCAUUUAUACAUAGGUUAAGAUAAUGAUUUAUCAAAAGUUUCAUUGAAGGACUUGUAGAAGAAGACUGUUAUCAUCAGGCGAGUCGAACCUUGGAGCCGCAGGAGCUCCAAGUCCAAGCCGAAAAAUCGACUCACCGCAUUGAGUUCAAAACUAAGCCGCUCUGGUCGGACUGCAAAGUUUACCAGCACAAGUUGCCCACAAAAUACGACUUCCACUCGUUUGACUCGCAUUCCAGCCAAAAAGUUUAA